AUGGACGAUAUGGAUACAUCGUUAUUAAACGCAACUCAAACGAACGACGUUGAUUCACUAAAAGCUCUUCUACUGUCGACGGCAAAUCCUACGACAUAUCUUAAUCGCCUGUAUAACAUAUCUGAGAGUCAAAUAUGUACUCUUUUGAUGAUAGCUUGUUUGAAUAGCUAUGAAGAAUUGGUGUGUAUGUUACUGGAUUCGUUUUCAAUCGAUCUUGAAGUUUUGAAUAUCGUGAAAAUUAAUGUUAAUCAGCAAACGUUGAAAGUUUAUGAGAAUACCACCGUGUUGUGGGUAGCAGCUGCGUAUAACAAUUUUAAUUUGAUAAAAAUUUUCGUAGAACAUGGAGCACAAGUAAAUCAUAGAAUUAAAACGAAUUCGACGCCGUUACGCUGUGUUUGCUAUCACGGAAGUGUUCCUCUCGCUCGUUAUUUAAUCGCAAAUGGUGCUGAGGUGCGGAUAAAAAAGGAACGGAAUGAUACGAAUUUAAUCUUGAGUGUGUUCCGUGAACAUGUUGAUCUAGUUCAUUACCUUGUCGACGAACUAGGAUGUGAUGUGAAUGAAUGUGAUGAUGAGCAUCGUUCAUCGCUUUAUCUCGCUGUGGAACGCGGCUCGUAUGAAUUAGUCGAAUUUCUAAUCAAUCGAGGCGCGCGAAACUUACCAAUCAAGUAUGAUCGAACGACACCAUUGAUGUUAGCAGCAGAAAAACGACGUGCGGACCUUGUCAAUCUAAUUGGCUCUCAUUGUUCUAUAUUUGAACAGAUCGAAGCAGAAGAACUACUCGGAAGUGCUUAUGCAUGUCAAGAAUACGGAGCAUGCAAUCUUCAGAAAACAUGGCAACAUCUCUUACACGCUCUGCAACUUCGAUUAGCUCAUCAAUUGCCGAAAUCCAUGCAAUGUUCAACUCAUGAAGUCUUUCAACAUCGACGAGAAUGUCAAACCCGUGAACAAUUGCAAGAAAUACAAACCAAUCAUGCCAAUCUUCAUAUCGAAGCAUUACUUGUACGCGAACGUAUACUUGGACCGAAGAAUUUCAAAUAUCGACAUUCACUUCUACUACGUGGCACCACUCUAGUUCAUAGUAAUCAAUAUCAGCAGGGUAUCGCACUUUGGAUGUAUACUUUGCAGUUACAAGAACAACAUGCAGUACCGAUUUCUUCGAAACAAUUGAGAUAUUUAGUGAAAACGUUCGCAGUUAUUAUAUAUAAAUCAUCAUCCGUUCGUCUAGAAGACUUAUGCCAAUUAAUUCACGUGACUACGAAGAAAUUAGAUCAAAAUUCAAAGAAUUUCGAUUUCGAUCUUCUUACUCUACUUUUUCUUAUUACAAUGACUUGUAAAGUAUGUUCAAUGCAAACACUGGAUAGCAAUACAAAUGAGUCGGACGUUUUUCAUCGAUUAAUCUACUCUAUCAAUCGAAAACAAUAUGCGACACGUCUCGAUGGAUCUACAUUAUUACAGCUAUCUCUCAAUGAAUUUACUUCAUCUUCAGAUACUAGUAUCAGUCGAAUUUGCAAAUAUCCAUGUUUCCAAACAGUUCGUACUUUAUUACAAUGUGGUGCUGAUAUAGAUAAAACUGAUACGAAACGAAAUACAGCUUUGCACAUUUUUGUUUCUAAUACAAAUGAGUUAGAUGAAUCAAUAUUUCAAAUACUUUGUGCAAAUCAUGCCCAUCUCGAUUGGAGGAAUAUGUUUUCUGCAACACCAUUUGAUUUGAUAUCGGAUGUUCGUCUCAAGCAGAUCCUGCAAGUAAAAACUCAAUUAAAAUUGAAAUGUCUAUGUGCAAGACUUAUUCAAAAAUGUCAUCUUCCUUUCCGUGAAGUGCUUACUCAUUCACUUGUCACAUUUGUUGAACGACAUUAA